GACCCUACAGCGCACCGAACCACGAGACGUUUCGUCCGUUUGCCUCUUUCUUCUUCGAACAACAAACAUGGAGACACCCGUCUUCUCUUCCAUCGAGACUGUCCCUGCCGGGACAGACAGGCUUUCUAGUUCCUUUCCCUUUCAUAUCUGGCCGCUUAAUCGACCGCAGCAAACCCCCCUUCUUCCGGUUUCUGCAUCCCCCUCGUCCGCGGGUGCGCCCGCUUCUCUUCCUGCUCCCUCUUCUCUUCCUGCUCCCUCUUCUCUUCCUGCUCCCUCUUCUCUUCCUGCGCCCUCUUCUGCCAUCGUCCCCGCUUCCUCGCCUGUUCCUGUCUCCUCUUCAUCUUCUUCCGUUGGUGUCUCGUCUCCUGUGACGACGCGUUUUUUCGCAGAAGUGUCUGCGCUCUCUGCGGCUUCCUUGACGCCUCCUUCUCAGGUGACGGCCUCACCGAGUUCCGCCCCGUCUUCGCGAGCGGCGACUGCCGGAAGGCUCGGGGUCUUCCAGAGUUUCUGUGCGCGGCGGUGCUGCUACGCCGUGUCGCUGCCUCGACGCGUGGCGGAUGUGCGGCGUCUGCUGGACGUCUUGUUUUACGAGCAGCUGAUUUUCAUCUCCAUUUCCGCUUGCCUGGCAACUGCACAUGUCGUGGUGCUGGUCUACACGUGCGCUUUCGAGGCGCCAAUGAAGGAGCCUGUCCCGUUCCUGCCGAUUCUCGGGGUGAUGCUCGGCCUGAGCGUCGCGACGCUCGCGGUCCGCGUGCGUCUCCUCUGGGCUGUACGUACACUCCAGACGGCCUGGUGGCACCGGCCCGUGCUGAAGGACACAGUUGCACUGCUGACUUCGCCCCUCUGCCAGGCUCGCCGCGUGUUGUUUGUCUUCUCCUUUUGUGUCUACUUCGCAACCCUGCACCUGGCGUACCACCACGGCGGCACCGGCACGACGUCAGCUGACGCCCCCGUCCUCCUCAGGUACAUCUCCGUCAUCGUCCUCGUCUUCCUGUCGCUGCUCGGUCCCCACAUCCUCCUGCUGGCCUGCAUCUGCACCAGCUUCGUGCUCUGCCUCUGUUCGCCGCCGGAGCAGUUCGAGCACCUGCUCGUGGAGGAGCCGCGCAGCGGACGAGCCCUUCCCAAAAAAUUCCUCCAGCGCAUGAAGGAGGAAAAGUGGCUUCCGGCCUCUGCAGCUGCAGACCGCGAAAACGUCGACGCGACUGCCCGUGCAGACACCGGACUGGAGGAAGACCGCGAAGGCGAACGCGCAGACAAAAACACGAGAAAGAGACGCCUCGCGCACCUGUGCGUCGGCCGACGAAGGAAGAAACUCAGACCCGCGAGGCAAACAGACAGGCCAUCUGGCGCCAACAAGGCAGUCGAAGACGAUGUCAUCUGCGCGAUUUGUCUUUGCGAGUUUGAGGAGAACGACUGGAUUCGCCGGCUGCCCUGCCAGCACUUUUUUCACAGCGCAUGCAUCGCGCGGUGGCUACGGAGCCACGCCAGCUGCCCGCUGAGGUGUCAUGUGAACUUCUUCACUGGCGAGGUGUACAGUUCCUCUCCGUCGCAUGCAGUCGGAGCGAUUCCGCGUCGGCACAGACGAGCACACCGGGCGGCCGUCACUCGCUCUGAGGUAAUUCCAGAGGCCCGCCAGGCCUCGGGGGAAAGUGAGAGGGGUGUCGGCGAGGCGGGUGCGGCGGAGGGAACUGAGGAAAGCGAGUUGGUGGAGAGACAGGCGCACGCAGAGGCGCAGACGGGGAGAGAGGAAGGUAGAGAACAGGUGAGAAUAUGGAUGUCAGAAGACGUCGAUGUGCGACUCUUCGGUCCAGGAGAAGAAACGCAACUUUUUCGGGCGGGCGAAAGUAACCCCGCGCGCGCCACUGCCUCCCAUGCUUAAGGUGUAUGUACACCGCGGCCGGACUCAUGGCGACCCGCCAGCCGCUCCCGGGGUGCAGAGCCUUGCACUGGAGGACGAGGACUAGGGAGAAAGGAAUUGGUGUCAAGAGGAACGCCCUCGGUGUCUGCAAUUUUUCGGAGAAGAAGGAGAAAGAGACAUGCAAGGGAUUGCCGCAGACGAGGACGGAGACUCCCACGAUGAUAGGGUCUGCCUGUGUGUAGUGACAGGACGGCAGUGGGACACUGGCUCACACCAAGUGGUGUCUUGAACGGUGAGAAACGUUGGUCGUGAAUCGCGAGACAGAAGGCUGCACUCUGUGCCGGUCCAGUGACGACUGGGCCGGGGAGAAGGCGAGCGUAGCCGCUUGCGGUGCGAUCGAGUGCUUUCGAAGAAACAUAUUUCCAAAACGUAAGAAAAUCGGGCAACGACUACGCAGGAAGACCUGCGAGAAAGGGUGUCUUGUGCGAGCCUGUGCAGUGUACGUACAUCCGACGAAGAACGGAACUGCAUGUGGCGACGAGAAUGUGAGACUUUCCGUAUUCCUGCCCCGAGGCGUUUGAGUGCGGCGGUUCUGGAUCGCGAAUAGCGACGCCGACAGAAAGAACAGGUAGCGCGGACAAGGCCUCGUAGGGUGGAGGGAACUAAAAACGAAACAAGAGACUUGGUGGAGAGGACUGGGAUCGACGCCCUGAGAUGUGCCCAAGUUGAAGUUCGAGUUCUCUGUUCCGUCUGUUUCUCGCGUGAUCUCUGAAGCUUCGCGUCACGUUUCCAGAUGUAACAGGCGUUCGCCGCCAGUUGCCUUUGUACACACGCACACUCGAGUGUGUGUUUUUUGCGGCAUGCGCGCCUCCAUCUACACGUGCACGCAUGUGGAUAUUACACUCCUCUGUAUAAACGCCGCACAAGCAGGUGGGCGUACAGAAGCUACCUGCGGUCGCUGCUCGCUUCGUCAGGACAGGCCGUUGGUUUCGCGUGCGUUCGGAUAAAUUCAGUUCGAAGGAAUUCAGUUCUAGUGUUUCUGUGGACUCCGUUGGGUGGACUCGCGGCGGUUCGCCCGCGUCCUGUGCAAGCGCUUGCUUCCAAGUUCGGUGGCGGCAGGUCUUCCGGUGUACGUACACCUGCCGUCCCGGAGAGGCGUGUAAUGCGGACCCAACGUUGGAGGCCCCGUUUCACUCGCGUCGAAGGUGUCUGUUUAGUGAAAGUAUCGAGAGCUGUCGCUUGGUUUUCGUACGUUUACGUAUCCGUAUGUCCGCUUAUGUCAGUCGUUUGGAGAUGGACUGCUGAGGCGUCGCUGCAACCUUUAGCAGCUGCGCUUCUCAGCGUUUGCCCCUGUGUUUGCGAUGCGACAGCAAAGGUCGUUUUCGUUGUUCGAGAGAAAGGGUCGAAUGCGUCUGUCACAUUCAGUUUUUCUUUUUCGCCACACGCCCCCGUCGGAAAACACUAAAAAAAGCAGACCAGCUUGUUUGCUACGGGGAAGUCGGCGAUUUCCCUUGUCUCGAAUGUGAGAGUCAGGUGUGUGCGGGGCGCGUGCGUCGGGCGUACAGACACCCGGUUUUGGCUUGGUCUGUUUGUCAACCGUUUCUGUAUUUGUCUCGCGUCUCCGCAGGUGCUCGGUUUAAAAGGCAUCCACUCGUUUUUCUUUUCUGUCAGUGCCGGAGUCCCAACGGACGAGUCCAACUUACCUUUUUUACGCCCACCCUUUGGCAGAGGGUCGAGAAACGAAACACAUUUGGACGUGUUGGGAUUUUUGCGGUUCUUUCGACAGCCGCACAUGCUUGUUGGCGACAGCCCAAAACAGCGACUAGUGCACGCUCAACAAGGACUGACAUUCGCAGCACAGACACCGCAGUAAAGCCGACAGUUCUUAGAGACCAGUAUUUUCGAGCGAUGGCA